GCGUACGUAUACGUACGUAUUUACAGUUUUGUUGAGCAACCGAUCUGAAGGUAACGAGACCCUAAGCCUAGCGUUAUAAUUCACGGUUUGUUAGUUCAUCCUCUGGCGGGCAGGUAGCAGGAUACAUUAAACGCUGCAACACGUCACCAGUGUAUUUGGAUUCUACACAAUUCUACAUACAUACAUUGACUGCAUUUUAAUUAAAUAUUUCAUUGAAAUGUCAGACGAUUGAGGAAUAAAUGCGUGAUCAUAUGUAAAUAAGAUUAAUUUAUACCGAUGCAUUGACAAACUAAUGUUCAACCAUCAUAAUAGAAGUAUGGGCAUCACUGUAACCUAACUUUCGCCGCAUAGCUCAAGAAGCAUAUUACAGGAUAUUUUCUGGCUAAAGAUGAUGAACGGCAACACCAGUCCCCAGAAGGGGGCAGAAUCAACUGGAUCAUUGAGUAACUCUAACUGCUCUGGUCCUACAUCAUCAACAUUGGACUCUCCAUUGAUGAAACUCUCUUCCUACGUUUUGGCCCUUAGACCAUGGUCUCUAAGCGCUUCAUUGAUGCCAACACUUCUUGGAUCAGCAAUCGCAUAUCGGUUAACAGGACUGACAAACUUCAGCUGGGUUUCACUUGUACUUACUUUAUUCACAAUCGUAUCGGUACAUGGAGCGGGUAAUGUAGUGAACACAUAUUUCGAUUAUGUCAAAGGUGUCGACAGUCGAAAAAGCGAUGACAGAAUCCUAGUGGAUCACAUCUUAUCUAAAGAUGAGUUAGUUUCCUUAGGGGCAAUUUUAUACGCCGCAGGAUGCUUGGGCUUUAUCUUGCUAGCUGCUAUUUCGCCAGCUAAAAUGGAGCACCUAGCACUUGUAUACUUUGGAGGCUUGUCCUCUUCUUUCUUAUAUACCGGAGGUAUUGGUCUGAAGUACAUAGCCCUAGGUGACGUUUUGAUCUUAGUAAUAUUUGGUCCAAUUUCGGUAUUAUUUGCAUUUAUGGCGCAAACCGGAUAUGUCGAAUGGGGUACGAUUUAUUAUGCCAUACCUCUAGCUCUCAAUACAGAAGCCAUUUUACAUAGUAACAAUACAAGGGAUUUAGAGAGCGAUAGACGAGUAGGGAUUGUAACAUUAGCUAUUUUGAUCGGUCACACAGCAUCUCACAUACUCUAUGCUUUUUUAUUAUUCUCACCUUAUAUUACCUUCGUUGUUCUCGCUCUGCGGUAUUCCGUUUGGUUCUUAUUACCAUUGAUUACUUUACCGGCAGCAUUUCGAAUAGAAAAAGAAUUCAGAUCUCCUGAUACUAUUCAGAGGGUGCCGAAACAGACGGCAAAAUUAAAUAUGUUCCUGGGCAUACUCUAUGUUUUAGCUUGUCUCUUGAUCGAUCCUCUUCCUUACCUUCGUUGAAUCUCAUAGAAAUAUGAGCCAAUAGUCACUAUACAUAUUACUAUAUGUAACAAAAUACUAUUGUAAGCAGAUCAAAGCUUAUGUUGCCUCUGAAAAUGCAAUUGAGCUACACAAUCGACAUAGUCAAAGAGGAAAAAAGUAUUUAUUGACCUUGUCAUGUUGUACGAGAACUGGAAAUUUCUAUCGUGUGUUAUAUCUUGUCGUCGGUAUGUAAAAUACAUCGACACUAAAAUAAGUUGGUAAUUAACUACGACCAGUAAUUAAUUUUACAAAGUAUAUCGCACCGUUGCCAACGGAUGAUUACUGUGAAUUUAGUAAUCAAUUUACUACCGACUGUAAGAGGUGAGUCUUGUCAACAAGUAUGUCACAAAUUGUGGUUUUGAAAAAAAUAUUUAUGUUUGUAUUUCUAAAAAAAAAGUUUAAUUGGUUGAAAUAUCUUCACUACAAACUAGUGUUGGGUGCUUUUACAACAUCUCUGAUAUCAAAUACAAAAGCAACUUCAUACUAAUCACAAUCAGUAGGAUAAUCCCGGCAUAUUUAACUUUUUCUAAUACUUGAACAUAGAAGUAUGUGGACUGGGUGAAUGCUAAAAUGAAUCACAAUAUUAUUGUACCUCGACUCUUUUACUAAAUAUGAAUAUUCCUAUAUCUUCGAAGUUUGUACUGUACAAACAAAAGGAAAUAAAUAUUUUAUGCAACAUUGAUGAGGGAAUAUCAGCGUCAAAUGCUUGCACGAUGUUUAAAGUGAAUUGUAACGUCGCAAUGUGAAUACCAAACAAAUAAUUUGAUAAACUUUAUAAUUUACGAAUACCGUCUAUAUUAGAUCAAUUUUUAUGCAGCCGUAAAUCUAAUAUUGUUAUAGUUUUAUGUUUUUGUCAAUGCGUAAUAAUGCGAUAAGGAUUUAUGUUAUUUUUAUUCAUUAUAUUAUUAUGUAAUAUUACAAUAAUUCUAUUUUUCAAAUAACUAGGGAGAGGCUUGUUUAUUUGUUUUAUAUUUCAAAUUAUUAUUUAUCUCGCCAAUAAGACUUAACUCCUAACGGUUCGCCUAAUAUUAAUAUAAAGCCCUUCACAUUGACAUAAAAGAAGCCGUUUUGACCCCUGGUUGACAGCUUUAAAUGAUAAUUUAUAGGUACGAUAAAUCGAAAUAAUUUAUUUUUCAUUUGGACAGCUAGAUUUUAUUAUGAAAUUAGUGCAACAAAAUUGUGUCCCGCUGUAAUGAAAUUUUUUGCAUAGGUUCUAACUAGGCAAUUACAGUGAAUUUGAAUUUCUAUACAACAAUUCGAAUUCGAACAAAAUUUUACAUACGAAUUGAAAAAUGGCAAAUAAUUCAAAUCAAUGUGCAUGAUUCUCUUCAUUGCUUGUGGUAAAUCAGGAACUACAUUUGACCAAUAUCCGACAUCUCAUCGUGACGCCCGAGUGAAUGACAAUAACGUCAGUUUGGUAGAGUGACUUAUAAUGAGGCUCAAACUAAAGGAUCAAAUUCCAAACUGAUUUUUGUAUAACUUUAAUGGUGCUGUGAUCAUCUGUCUGAACUUAGUUACGUCAUCGUUUUACAUGGCAAUCUUUGAGUUUCUGCAAGGUUUUUCUGCAUUGUACAAAAUAGUCGUAUAAUAGACAUAUAGUUGCACAUGAACUUCUGUUAUCUUUAAUUAGACAAUAAAAUAUACCUCUAAAACCAAAA